ACACGCAACCCCGCCCCUGCAGAGCUCCGCGCUGGGACAGAACCCGGGUUUCUCUCAAACCCGGAAUGUGAGGCCUGGGCUUGGCGCUCUCUGGCUCCGUGCCCCGCUGUUUAUCCGGGCCUGCGUGUGCCGCUGCUGCCCUAUAGCUCGCCCCGGAGGAGCCAGGGCGGCCGUGCGCUUCUGCCCUGUGCCCGCGUGGCUGCCGCCGCCCGUCCGAAUCCUCCGGGGCCGCAGAGGAGUUCGCUACGGAGGGAGGCGGGGGCCUUCGGGAGGAGGAGGCGGAGGAGGCGGAGGAGGAGGGAAGGAAGAUGGCGGCCGUGGAACUAGAGUGGAUCCCAGAGACUCUGUAUAACACCGCCAUCUCCGCUGUCGUGGACAACUACAUCCGCUCCCGCCGAGACAUCCGCUCCUUGCCCGAGAACAUCCAGUUCGAUGUUUACUACAAGCUUUACCAACAGGGACGCUUAUGUCAACUGGGCAGUGAAUUUUGUGAAUUGGAAGUUUUUGCUAAAGUAUUGAGAGCUUUGGAUAAAAGACAUUUGCUUCAUCAUUGUUUCCAGGCUUUGAUGGAUCAUGGUGUGAAAGUUGCUUCGGUCUUGGCCUACUCAUUCAGUAGGCGGUGCUCUUACAUAGCAGAAUCAGAUGCUGCGGUAAAAGAAAAAGCCAUUCAAGUUGGCUUUGUUUUAGGUGGCUUUCUUUCAGAUGCAGGCUGGUACAGUGAUGCUGAGAAAGUUUUUCUAUCCUGUCUUCAGUUGUGUACUCUACAUGAUGAGAUGCUUCAUUGGUUUCGUGCAGUAGAAUGUUGUGUGAGGUUGCUUCAUGUGCGAAAUGGAAACUGCAAAUAUCACUUGGGUGAAGAAACAUUUAAGUUAGCUCAGACAUAUAUGGAUAAACUCUCAAAACAUGGCCAGCAAGCAAACAAAGCUGCACUGUAUGGAGAACUGUGUGCACUACUCUUUGCAAAGAGUCACUAUGAUGAGGCUUACAAAUGGUGCAUUGAGGCAAUGAAAGAAAUCACAGUGGGCUUACCAGUCAAAGUUGUGGUGGAUGUUUUAAGACAAGCUUCUAAGGCUUGUGUUGUAAAACGUGAAUUUAAGAAAGCAGAACAGUUAAUUAAACAUGCAGUGUAUUUGGCACGGGAUCAUUUUGGAUCCAAACACCCAAAAUAUUCUGAUACACUGCUAGAUUAUGGGUUCUACUUACUCAAUGUAGAUAAUAUCUGUCAGUCUGUUGCAAUUUAUCAGGCAGCCCUUGACAUUCGGCAGUCAGUGUUUGGUGGCAAAAAUAUCCAUGUAGCAACAGCCCAUGAAGACUUGGCUUAUUCUUCUUAUGUUCAUCAGUAUAGCUCUGGGAAAUUUGACAACGCACUAUUUCAUGCUGAAAGAGCUAUUGGUAUCAUUACCCACAUCCUACCUGAAGAUCAUCUUCUUUUGGCUUCUUCAAAGAGGGUGAAAGCUCUUAUUUUAGAGGAGAUUGCAAUUGACUGUCAUAAUAAAGAAACUGAACAGAGGCUGCUUCAAGAGGCUCAUGAUUUGCACCUGUCUUCACUCCAACUAGCUAAGAAAGCUUUUGGGGAAUUUAAUGUACAGACUGCAAAACACUAUGGAAACCUUGGAAGACUUUACCAGUCAAUGAGAAAAUUUAAGGAAGCUGAAGAAAUGCAUAUCAAAGCAAUUCAGAUAAAAGAGCAACUUCUUGGUCAAGAAGAUUAUGAAGUAGCCCUUUCAGUGGGACAUCUGGCUUCUCUAUACAAUUAUGACAUGAAUCAGUAUGAAAAUGCUGAGAAACUUUAUUUGCGAUCUAUAGCAAUUGGGAAGAAACUGUUUGGUGAAGGCUACAGUGGACUAGAAUAUGAUUACCGAGGUCUCAUUAAACUUUACAACUCCAUUGGAAAUUAUGAGAAAGUGUUUGAAUAUCACAAUGUUCUUUCUAACUGGAACCGGUUGCGAGAUCGUCAGUAUUCAGUGACCGAUGCUCUUGAAGAUGUCAACACCAGCCCCCAGUCCACUGAAGAAGUGGUGCAGUCCUUCUUGAUUUCUCAGAAUGUUGAGGGACCGAGCUGCUGAGGGAGGACCUCAGUUAACUAAUUUACCUUUUCCCAGAUUCCAGGGAAUUCAUACUGUGAAAUCAAAACCAUGUUGUUUUUUGGGGCUGGAAUUUGCAUUGAAACACUGGUCCAGUCCAUUGACCCUAUUUGGGUGAUCCCUAUCUUGCAGAGUGUCUGUAGGAAUAAGCAUAUAUUCAGUUAUAUUCAGCAUGUACCGCAUGUAUAAGUAGUCUGGCCCAUAUUUUCAACCUAGUAGAACAAACAACAGGAAAUCUUUUUUUUUUUUUUUAAAUAAUUCAUUUUGCAGAAAGCCUGAAAAGAACCCCUAAAUAAAACUAUUUAAGAGUUUAAAAGAGUUGCAUUCUUAUUACGUAAGGAUGAUUUUAACAACUUUUUAACAUAUUCUUCCUUGUGGAGGUAUUCAAUACUGUAUUGUAAAGAUAUUUUAUGGGGAAAAUCUUUAUAUGCAGUAUAGAAAAGUUAACACAGUGCUAGUAGAAGAGGGACAUCCUGACUUAGGUUUGGCUACCUUACCCAGAGAAGUGGAUGCAACCACUCCAGAGCUCUGUUACAAGGG